AUGGAUCGAUUCGCAGAGCCCCGCAAAUUCACUCUCCCUCGGCAGAUGCUAUCAUGGGUGCGUCGACUGGGCCUUGGACUCGAUAAGCUGGGAGUCGGAAAGGGAGAGGUGGUUCUGAUCUUAACACCCAACCACUUGUUUGUCCCCGUGGCAUAUCAGGGUAUUGUAGGAUCUGGUCGCAUCUUCAGCGGCGUCAAUCCCAGCUAUACAGUUUCUGAGAUUACCCACCAAAUGAAGGACACGGGUGCGAAGGUCGUUCUGGUCCAUCCAAGUUUAGUCAAUGCUGCUACGGAAGCUGGGUCGCGAGCCAACGUACCGAAAAGCCAUAUUUUUCAAUUCUCCGAUAAGCCUUGCUCGCCGGUCAACGGUGUUUAUGACUGGUGCACGAUGAUAGCAUCUGAGGAGGAAGCGACGAAUUGGAAAUGGGACGAUUUGGUUGAUUGCGCCAACUCGACCGUAGCUACCAUCAACUACUCCUCAGGCACAACGGGGCUGCCGAAAGGCGUUUGUAUAUCGCAUUACAACCUAAUUGCCAAUCUAGAACAGACUAUCUUCAUUCGUGACCAGGAGACAUCUUAUGCUACAGUUCCCUCUUCGCGACCAGAAGAAAGAUGGGUUGGCUUUCUGCCACUGUAUCAUGCUUAUGGCCAACUAUAUGCUUGCCUCAUGGCUCCGAAGCUCGGAUUUUCAAUUUAUAUCAUGCAGAAGUUUGCUUUCGAAGAUUUCUUAGAUGUCAUUCAACAAUACCGGAUCACCCAUCUUCAAGUCGCCCCUCCCAUCUUAAUCAUGCUUGACAAGAGACCAGAAACAGCGAAGUUCGAUCUGAGCAGCCUAAAGAACAUACUUUGCGGAGCCGCACCCCUGUCGCGUGAGCUGCAGAAUACCAUUCAGAGAAAAUUCAACCUGAACGUGGUUCAAGGCUGGGGGAUGACUGAAGUAACAUGCGGCGCGAUCCAUGUACCUGGUGGCAGAAGCGACGAUUCUGGGUGCGUCGGAUUGCUGGAUCCAAACUGUGAAGCCACCCUUGUGGACGAAGACGGGGGCUCUGUUCAGGCCGGUGAGUCAGGGGAAAUGUAUGUGCGAGGACCCAACAUCUGUCUUGGGUACUGGAGGAACGCACAAGCUACGCACGAGAGCCUUGAUUCAGAGGGAUGGCUGAAAACAGGCGACAUUGUUAUUGUUCGCGACAAUGCAUUUUGGGUUAUCGAUCGCAAGAAAGAGCUUAUUAAGGUCAAUGCACUUCAAGUCGCACCAGCCGAAUUGGAAGCUGUUCUUCUCGAGCAUGAUGACAUUGAGGACGCAGGUGUUGUGGCCGCGAUCGUGGGCGGGGAAGAACGACCUCGUGCCUAUGUGCAAUUGAAGGAGGAUAGAGGUUCGAAAAUAUCCGAAGGCAAGAUUCAUGCAUAUAUGAAAGCUCGAGUUGCAAAACACAAGCAACUGGCUGGUGGUAUCAUAUUUGUGGACGAGAUUCCUCGUUUAGCUAGUGGGAAGAUCCAGAGGAAGACGCUUAAAGACUGGGCCAAGCGGGAUGUGGCACCUCAGAGGCUGCAGGCGAAGCUAUAG